AUGGAAGAGUCCGCCCCGAAACGGCGGAGAACAUCGCCGCGUCUGAGCAGAGAGCGCGACGAAGCCAACACCGAGUCGACGACACCACCCGAUCCUCCCCCGCCACGAAGCUUGAUCCCGAGGCCGAGACGCCCAUCUUUCGCGUCGCCCACCAGGUCAAGUCUUUCGCGUACCAAUCCUGACAUCCUCCGACGACGAAGCCUCAGCCCGUCAAAGCCCGCCGCCGAAAAUGCGACCCAAUCCACGCAAGACGCCCGCGAGGGGUCCGCUGCACAGAGCCAGGAGUCUGGGCCGUCUUUGACGAGCAAGCCGGCGCGUCCCAGAACAAGCUUGUUCGAACCUGAGCCUACGCCGACAGAGUCCCCUCUUGGGUCUCCCGCACGACGAUUGCCGAGCUCUUCGCGAGCAGGACUUAGCGGAGCGUUGGCGUCUAGACCGCGCCGCUCCUCGGGCAAGCCUGUACCCAGACCGCUGCCCGAGCCAGAGGUGGAGGAAGAAGAGAUUAAUCCAUUUGCUCGGCGUGGGCUACGUCGCUCACCGCCGACUGGUGUCAUUCCCCAGAGAUCACAGCCUGAACCCGAGCCUGAGCCUGAGCCUGAGCUGCCGCCCACACCGACGCAGAGAGGCCAGGCUGACCCGGUGGUCACGACGCCGCCCGCCGGCAUCCACGAUACACCCUCAAAACGAAAGCGACGGCCCGCGUCGCCGUCCAAGAGUUCGCCCUUGAAGCAACCGCCCCUCCGCCCGCCCGAGUUCUCUCAGAAGACAAAGGAUCCCUCGAAGAAGGCCCCGCCUACCGUAACGCGAGAGAAAAGCCCAAGUAAGCCGGCGAAGAAGACACGGACGAGAAAAGGACCUGCAGGAACACACGAGGCGCGACAGAUACCAGCACCCGACCCGAAUGCUGAGCUCGAGGCAGAACGAGACGCGCUCGAAGCGGAGAUCGCCAAAUUGGAGGCAGACCUGGACUUUGCUACCGAGGAAAACGAGCGGAUUCGGAGAGUACAGUCGCUUAGGUCUGCGACUGGGUCUUCCGUGCCCGCUUCAAAGCGAGAGCAGCUCUUCGAUCUGUUGCAAAGGCACCUCGUACCCCCUCAGAAGGACAAGAAGCCCGACGCGGCGGAUGAGUGGUUUGACUUGGCGAUGAAUCCGACGUCUUGGUUAUCCAUGGCGUCUCUUGGGCAGACGCAGCCCUUCACGUCAAAGCCACAAGAAGAGGAACUUCCGGCACCAGUAUCGCAUCACCCAAUUCAGAUGACUGCCGUAGAAGAGCUGCCCUAUUUGCAAGCCUUCACACCCUUCGAGUUCUCGGGCACUACGAAUAUUCUGCCCCGCGAGAACGAAGACGAGCCUCUGCUGCGGAAGCACAAUAUCGUUGUCAGAUCUGCACACCCCACGGGACUGUUCAUGGCAAAGGUCGAAAUGACAGUCGACACCGAAAAGUUACAAAUCAAGCACCUGAGCGUGCCCCGACUCGACCCCGCCGCGGUCCCUGAACUCGGCCCCUUCAUCGAAAAGGUCGCCAGCGGUGGGUCCAACACGCAUAUGAAACGAAACGUCAGCAUCGUCACCUGGGCCAUGGCCGAGUGGUACCGCCUCGCCGUCGAGCGAGCCAACGUGUGGCAUGUCCUGGAGAGCGAGCUGGGGGAUAAGGAGAAGUUAGUCCAGAGCGUCGCCAAGAUAAGGACUCGGCGUAAGAUGCGCAGGAGGAAGGACGACGACGACCCGAGCCAGGAUGCAGACAGCAACCUUGGCGACAAAGAUCGGGCGCAAAACCUCACUCGCGGAGCGUUGCUUCCCCACCUCGGACGAACAGCCUACGAGAUCCCCAUCCCGGAUGCGGUGGACGAGGAGACGUCGUGCUUGAGGAUACAAUGGAGGAUAGACUUUGACUGGACUGGAGAGGCGCAGAGUAAAGUUGGAUUGAUGAUCGGCAUGCCGGGGCGUCUAGGAGAUGAGCGCGGCUCAUUAGCAGCAGCAUCCAAAGUCUUCGAGAGGCUCGUGCAAGGAAACGAAGGCCCUAUGACGGCUGUGCGUACGGUGGUUGCGCUACUGGCCGGGGACGCCUCUUCUUGA